AUUUUUUUUUUCGAGCUCGAACUCGAGGACGAUCAGUCCAUUAAGCUUGCUUUUUGGGCGGAUGCAAGGAGCAGAGCUGUCUGUGAGUAUUUCGGAGAUGUUAUUUCAUUUGACACUACCUACAAUACAAACAGGUAUAAUUUGGUUUUGUGGUUCUUUUUUUGGGGUGAAUCACCACGGUCAGUCAACACUUCUUGGAUGCGCUUUGAUGAAAAACGAAGAUACUGAAUCAUUCAAAUGGUUAUUUCAAUGUUGGCUUCGUUGCAUGGGAGGAAAUGCUCUGAAAGGGAUUCUCACCGAUCAAUGUGCAUCGAUGCAAAGGGCUAUCGAGGCUUGUAUGCCCACAACAAUUCACCAUUGGUGUAUUUUGCACAUCAUGAAGAAGAUUCCAAACAAAUUAAACGGCUACAAGGGACACGUAGAAAUCGAACAAGAAAUGAGCCAUGUUGUUUAGAACUCUCAUACCAAA